AAUCAAUCGUAGGAUAGAGGGGCGUAUCCAUUUUGAAGAUUGAAAAGAAAGAAGUCAAAGAAGCAAUGAAUUAUUUUUGUCCAUYUGGACCUCUSUUGCCCCGAUUACUGGUACGAGUUGCUAGUGAAGAAUACGAGUACGUACUGUACGCUGAUGUUCGGGCAGCUUUCAAAGAAGUACGUACUGUACAUUAAUAUGAUAGUACGGUACCUGAGGAGGUUUCUCGGAGGCACAAACACUGCCAAUACCAUAACGUGCUUGAUCUAAAAGAAUGAGUGCGAAGAAAUACGUUGCCGCAGUCCUCGGCGGCUCGGGAUCUGUCGGAAGGCAUGUCGUGAAUUCAAUCCUUGCAGAUCCAUCAUGCGAUCAGGUUCUACUCGUAUCGCGUCGUGAACUGGAAGAUAUCAAAUCGAUGGAUCCUGAACGGGUGACUGUGCRCGUGUGCGAUCCCCUCGAUGACAUUGCCACAAAAGACUACUUGRCCGGUACGAACAUCGCUUUCUGUACACUCGGACACGGAUCUUCGCGAAAGUCGACAAAAGAUGAUCUUGUUCGAGUCGAUGCGACGAUACCUGGCGAAUUUGCAAAAGCYUGUAAGAAAGCAGGUGUGACGCAUUACUGCAUUAUGACGGCUGUGGGAAGUGACGAAAAUGCCAGGUGGAGUUCUCUUACCAAAACGGCUGCGGGUGGAGGUUGGUACAAUCACGUGAAAGGCCUCGCCGAGAGGCUCRCUAUCGAGGCCGGGAUUCCGUACACUUAUGUUGCCCAACCGGGCGCUUUGCUUGGAAGUCCUCACACGCCAAAAAUCGUGGAAAUGAUUCCCAACUUCAUCUUGCCCGCGAUCUAUUCAUCUGCACACGUCAAAGAUAUUGCCAAGGGCAUGGUUACCACGACUGYGAAUGCGUACCAAGAGGACAAAACCGGCGUGGUUAAAAUUACUGGAGGAAUACCAAUUUCUGAAGGYAGGGCACAGUAAUAUUCUUCUUGUGUACCGACGUSUUUGAUUGUUCGUAGUAUUCGAUAUGAAGAUAUUCGUAAACAGCGAUGAAURAUGAURAACAGAGUUUCUACCUAAGAUURUUGAGUGGAUUGUUUUCCACAUCAGCAUUUCACUUGGAACCACGAAGUCGUCUCUGCCACCGUUGGAUCGCCCCCUUCAAACCGACGAAAUUCCAUUCUUGUAGAACAAGAAGCAGCAACUAUUGCUCAUCCUGYGUUCAAUCAGGAUAAGUGUCACAUUUCUUUGUGGUAUAGUAGUGAGUGGAUAGUCUUUGAUAACAGAAUGAAAAAGGAGGGAUUUUUCCUCUUGGCUGCCAAAUGUACAGACUACCUAAGAGUGAUGUGUAGGGUUAGAGUUGAGGCAUGACUCAAAUGCGCAGCAAUUUCCUGUUUUGUCUUGUAGUUAUUUUCAAUUGUCAUUUCUAGUAUUAGUAGAUACAUGGUGCAAAUAGAAUAGACCUGAGAUG